CAUGUUGCAGCAAUAUAAAAGGCAAACCUGCUGGUGUCAUACCAGCAUAACGCCAACGCGUCGACCGCGCAGCUGACGACGCUGCCAAGGCAGAUUUUUGUUAUCGUUGUAAUCAGCACACACAAAAAAAAAGGAAACGAGGAAAAACAGUUGCAGACGCGACAAAACCAAUUUGCGAUUAGUUUGUAAUAACAAUAAACACUGCCAGCAACUAAAGCAUUUGCUGUGAGUCAACAACAAAAGCUUUAGCAGCAGCCCUGGCAACAGCAUUAGCCAAAACAAAGACAAAGCAGCAGCAGCAACAAGAAAACACAACGUCAUUUGGCAGGCGACGCACACGGAACUGCGGCAGAGGCAGCGCAGCAGCAGCAGCGUCGGGUGGAAGCAGUAAAUGCUGGUUAGCCUUUACUCGCAGCUAACACGCGGCAUGGACAGCGUUUUCGAGGCCUACCUCGGCCCGGACAGCGUGCUGGCUGGCGCCGUCGGCGGCGCAGUCGGCGAACCGGAGGAUAUACCAAAGCGCAAUACAGACGUCUGGCUGCUGGGCAAACGGUACAAUGCCAUACAAGAACUGGAGCUGAUCAGACGGGACAUCCAGUCGCGUCUGUGGUGCACAUAUCGCCAUGGCUUCGUGCCGCUGGGCGAGGUGCAGCUGACCAGCGACAAGGGCUGGGGCUGCAUGCUGCGCUGCGGGCAAAUGGUGCUCGCCCAGGCCCUGAUCGAGCUGCAUUUGGGCCGUGAUUGGUUCUGGACGCCGGACUGUCGCGAUGCCACCUACCUGAAGAUCGUCAAUCGGUUCGAGGACACGCGCAAGAGCUUCUACUCCAUACAUCAGAUUGCCUUAACGGGCGAGUCGCAGAACAAAGCCGUCGGCGAGUGGCUCGGACCAAAUACCGUUGCCCAAAUACUCAAAAUCCUGGUGCGCUUCGAUGACUGGAGCUCGCUGGUCGUACACGUGGCCAUGGACAGCACCGUGGUGCUGGACGAGAUAUACACACGCUGCCAGGAGCCCGGCGACUCGACGUGGAAGCCAUUGUUGCUGAUUGUGCCGCUCCGGCUGGGCAUUAGCGAUAUAAAUCCGAUUUAUAUACCCGCCCUGAAGCGCUGCCUGCAGCUGAGCAGCAGCUGCGGCAUGAUUGGCGGUCGGCCCAAUCAGGCGCUCUACUUUCUGGGCUAUGUGGACGACGAGGUGUUGUAUUUGGAUCCGCAUACAACACAACGCGCCGGCACCGUGGCCCAAAAGAGCACAGCUGCCGAGCAGGAGCUGGACGAGAGCUAUCAUCAAAAGUAUGCGGCACGCUUAAGCUUUGGCGCCAUGGAUCCCUCGCUGGCCGUCUGUUUUCUGUGCAAGACGCGCAACAGCUUCGACGAGCUGCUGCAGCAGCUGCGCCAGGAGGUGCUCAGCCUGUGCACGCCGGCGCUGUUUGAGAUAAGUCAGUCCCGUGCCGUCGACUGGGACACGGCGGACGAUAUUGAAUGGCCCGCCAUGCCGGACAUUGAUUGGCCCGCCGCCGCCGGCAGCGACUCGGAGCCCUUUGCCAUUGUGGGCAGCGGCAGCGACGUCGACAGCAAGCCCAAUCUGAGAGAGGCGACGGCCGACUGAGAGGGAGAGCGAGCGAGCGAGAGAGAGAGAGAGAGUGCGGCGACUGCGCCGUGCUUAAUAUUUGUAGUUAAACCUGUACGAAACUGGAGCAGCUGCCCAGCUGUGCGGCUCGAGCGGAUGCUGCGGCUAACGAAUGGCUAUAAACUAUAAGAAAUCUAGUGUUAAAUUUACAGCUUGUUUACGUACACACACACACACACAUACAUAUACUUAUAUAUAUAUAUAUAAACAGACUUACUUAAAUGUAUGUAUAUAUAUUUGAUAUGCUGCUUUAUUGUAAGUUUUAUUGACUCCGUGGGAGACAAUUUGGCAUCAAACACACAAACACACACAUACAAAUACUUACAAACGCAUUGUUUAUGCUUUCUUUAUAAUGACGAUGAAUACAAACUACCUUAUUAAUUGAUUAAAACACCAUUUUUUAUAUGGAAUUUAAAGAGUA